AGCCCCUGAUUCUCUAAUUUCUCACCGGACCCGUUUGAGAGAUGAUUAUAAAGAGAACAUUUCCCAAACCCCCCAUCGGAAACGGCAGCGACUAGAUUUCAUUACACAUGCAUUCGUCUCGCCGAUCCUUCACAUUUCCCGGUUACUCCGCCUCUCUUCUGAAUCAUCUCUAAAUCCUCAGAUCCGCUGUUUCUAGGGUUUUUCCUGCACAAGGGGAUUCGAAUCGAUCCAAUCGUCUUUUUCUGGGGUUUGCUCUCGUGAUCCCCUUGCCGCCUCUUCGGAGGGAGGAAGAUGAAUCAGAGGAUAAAGCAGCAGCAACAACAGCAGCAACAGCAGCAGCAAGCUCUGAUGCAGCAGGCUCUUAUGCAGCAGCAGCAGCAGCAGCUCUACCAUUCCGGCGUACUCGCAGCCAUAUCACAGAUGGAGCCUGUUCCAAGUGGCAAUCUCCCCCCUGGUUUUGAUCCAUCUACUUGCCGCAGUGUGUUUGUGGGCAAUAUCCAUCCCCAAGUCACAGAAGCUCUUCUUUCAGAAGUUUUCCAAAAUAUGGGUCCACUUGAAGGAUGCAAACUCAUUCGAAAAGAAAAGUCUUCUUAUGGUUUCGUUGAUUAUCAUGACCGGAGGUCUGCAUCCCUUGCAAUUAUGACCUUGAAUGGACGUCUUCUAUAUGGUUUGCCAAUUAAGGUGAAUUGGGCUUAUGCAAGUGGUCAACGAGAAGAUACAUCUGGGCACUUCCAUGUUUUUGUUGGUGAUCUUGGCUCAGAGGUCACUGAUUCAAUGCUUUUCAAUCAUUUUCAAGUUUAUCCCAGUUGUUCGGAUGCACGUGUCAUGUGGGAUAACAAAACUGGGCGUUCUAGAGGAUACGGCUUUGUUUCUUUUCGCAACAAGCAGGAAGCUCAGAAUGCAAUUAAUGAAAUGUCAGGUAAAUGGCUUGGUAAUCGGCAAAUAAGAUGUAACUGGGCAACCAAGAAUUCUGUUGAGGAAAAGCAGGGUAGUGAUGAUCAAAAUGCGUUGCAUUUAACAAAUGGUAUCUCUAGCAAUGAGGGAGCUCAGGAGAAUUCAAAUGAUGAUGCUCCAGAGAACAAUCCUGCCUACACUACUGUAUAUAUUGGGAACCUGGCUUAUGAGGUGACACAAGCUGAACUUCAUCGCCAAUUCCACAAUCUUGGUGCUGGUGUUAUUGAGGAAGUGCGCAUUCAGAGAGAUAAAGGAUUUGGGUUUGUGAGGUAUCAUACCCACAACGAAGCUGCUGCAGCUAUUGUGAUGGCAAAUGGAAAGAUCGUUUGUGGGAAAUCCAUAAAGUGUUCUUGGGGCAACAAGCCUACCCCACCUGGUACGACUUCAACCCCACUGCCUCCUCCAGGACCUCCUUUCCAGCUUUUAGGGGCACAUGGAUAUUCAGAUGCAGAUCUUUUGGCAUAUCAGCGUCAGUUGGCCAUAAGCCAGGCAGCUGCACUGCCCUUGGCUGCGCAGCAUAGCCUUUCUUCCGCCCAAUCAUCAACAGGCCUCAUCCCUGGCGGGUCUCAGACGGUCUAUGAUGGCUAUCCAAGCCACACAUCCUCUCAGCAGCUGAUGUACUACAGUUAGAGGCCUGCGUCUGAUUGAUGCUUAGGCUUCUUUUGAGACCGUUUUUUUAAUGCUUUCUAAAACAGCUUCUUAAUACAAAAAUUUCUAGUUUUAAAAAAAAAUUGUACUAGAAAGCCAUUUUAGAAAGCAAUAAGAACGAUGUCCCGAAUGAAGCCUUAAUGGUUCAUGCUUUUUUUUCAUUAAAUCUUUUUUUUGCCACUUCCCUGGCUUGUCGCUAUUAUAUAACUUUGUUGACAACACACUUGAACAUGGUGUUUGUGAAUUUGACUGUAUUGUUGGGGGAUGUUGAGUUUAUUUUCUAUUUUAAUGACUUGUUUCAUUUGUUUUUGCUGGUUUUAUCACCAGUUUUAGACGUUAAUUAUGUAUGAUUGGUUGGGAGCUUACGCUUCCAAUCUAGAUAUUGUGUUCAA